AGUACGGUAAACCCCCCAACGCUGCCUGCCCAUUGACACUUCAGUCUGCUGCAGCUGCACAUUGAAAGCUAGGGUUUAAGCUCCGCUCCAAAGAGGGCAUCUUUCCAGCACUCAGGUAACACAUUCAACCUCCAUAAACCCUAAUUUUAUCCCCAAAUCAUAGUUCUGCAUACCCAAAACUCAAUGUUUUAUAGGAGGAAGCUCUGCCCUGUAAGUAUUUCUAGACUGACCAAAAACCCUACAGUCAGCUCUGCGUUUCAUAGAUCCAGUUCACCGUACCCCAAUCUGUGUGCAAAUGAAAUCCAUAGUUAUGGAGGAAGUAUCAGGUUAUGGAGCUCUAUAACGGGUUUCAAUUCGAUUUCUCGUAGAUUAUCUGUACCGGCAAAACCCAAUUUUGUGGGGAGCUCUGGUUUUUCAGGUACGAAUUUGGUUGAAAAGCCGGUUUCUUUAGGCCCUGGUUUGAUCAGAACGUACUGUUCUGGGAAGAAGAGUGAUGAGUGGAUUGACGAGAUUGAGUAUUUGGAUGAAUCAGGGAGUGUUAUUUACACAGGGAAAGGUAUAAGAUCGGUUGAGCCAGGGCUCGAUGACCAUGUAAUGGUGGGCAGGUUGAAAAAGCCAAUGUUGAAUGCCUCUGCCAUUGCGAAAAUUGUUGAGGUUGUAAAGAGGUGGAAAUGGGGGCCUGAAUUGGAGACCCAAUUGGACAAACUCCAAUUUGUACCAAACAUGACUCACAUUACUCAAGCGUUGAAGGUUAUUAAAGAUGGUGAUGGAGCUUUGAGUUUGUUUCGAUGGGCUAAGAGGCAGUCAUGGUAUUUGCCGAGUGAUGAGUGUUAUGUGGUGUUGUUUGAUGGCCUAAACCAAAGCAAGGACUUUGAUGGAAUCCAGUCAUUGUUUGAUGAAAUGGUGCAGGAUUCUGGUAGUAGUGGGGUUUUGUCAUCGGGUGCAUAUAACCGUGUCAUUCAGUUCUUGGCUAAAGCAGAUAAAAUGGAGGUGGCAUUUUGUUGCUUUAAGAAGAUUCAAGAUUCAGGUUUCGAAGUUGAUACUCAGACGUAUAAUUCGCUUAUAUUGCUGUUUUUGAAUAAGGGUUUACCUUAUAAGGCAUUUGAGAUAUAUGAGACCAUGCAAGCUGCAAGCUGCUCAUUAGAUGGAUCAACCUAUGAGUUGAUGGUACCAAACUUGGCAAAGUCAGGCCGCCUUGAUGCUGCAUUUAAGCUCUUCCAAGAAAUGAAAGGGAGGAACUUUAAACCCAGCUUUAAUGUCUUUGCAUCGCUUGUUGAUUCAAUGGGAAAAGCUGGGCGGUUGGACACGUCGAUGAAGUUAUACAUGGAAAUGCAGGGCUAUGGUUUCAGGCCAUCUGCUCCCAUGUAUGUUUCUAUGAUUGAGUCAUAUGUAAAGGCUGGGAAAUUAGAUGCUGCCCUUAGACUUUGGGAUGAGAUGAAGAAAGCGGGCUUUAAGCCUAACUUUGGGUUAUACACAAUGAUUGUUGAGUCCCAUGCAAAAUCAGGGAAACUUGAUAUUGCAAUGUCUACCUUUAUCGAUAUGGAGAAGGCUGGAUUUUUACCCACUCCUUCGACAUAUUCGUGUCUAUUGGAAAUGCAUGCUGCCUCUGGACAAGUAGAUUCUGCUAUGAAGCUGUAUAACUCAAUGACCAAUGCAGGUUUAAGACCAGGUCUAAGUACUUACACAUCCCUUUUGAUGCUUUUGGCUAAUAAGAAGCUUGUGGACGUGGCUGCCAAGAUUUUGCUUGAGAUGAAGACGAUGGGUUAUUCUGUUGAUGUGAGCGCUAGCGAUGUUUUGAUGGUGUAUAUCAAGGAGGGUUCUGUUGAUGUAGCCUUGCGGUGGUUGCGGUUCAUGGGCUCAUCAGGGAUUAGAACAAAUAAUUUUAUAAUCAGACAGUUGUUCGAGUCAUGUAUGAAGAGUGGUUUGUAUGAGUCAGCAAAGCCUCUCUUAGAAACGUAUGUGAAUUCUGCUGCAAAAGUCGACCUCAUACUUUACACAUCCAUUCUAGCCUAUCUCGUAAGAUGCCAGGAAGAAGAGCAUGAGAGGCAUUUGAUGUCAAUACUUGGCGCCACAAGAUACAAGGCACAUGCUUUUAUGUGUGGACUCUUCACGGGCCCAGAACAGAGGAAACAACCAGUGUUAUCUUUUGUGAGGGAAUUUUUCCAAGGUAUUGAUUAUGAGUUGGAAGAGGGACCUGCUAAGUACUUUGUUAAUGUUCUUCUCAACUACCUUGUUCUUAUGGGGCAGAUAAAUCGAGCCCGGUGUGUUUGGAAAGUUGCCUACGAGAAUAAGCUUUUCCCAAAGGCAAUAGUAUUUGAUCAGCAAAUUGCUUGGUCCCUGGACGUCAGGAACUUAUCAGUCGGAGCUGCUCUGAUAGCAGUUGUGCAUACUCUCCAUAGGUUCAGAAAACGAAUGUUAUAUUAUGGUGUCAUCCCAAGACGCAUUAAAUUGGUCACAGGACCGACUUUGAAGAUAGUGGUUGCACAGAUAUUGAACUCGGUGGAAUCUCCAUUCGAGGUUAGCAAAGUGGUGCUGAGGGCACCGGGAGAUGCUGUCAUGGAGUGGUUUAAGAAACCCAUUGUUCAACAGUUUCUUCUGAAUGAGAUUCCGUCAAGGUCCGAUAUCCUCAUGCACAAGAUGAACACUCUUUUUCCUAGUUCUGCACCUGAAUUAAGAUCUCUGGCCCCUCCCAAAAUACUCAUGCCAAGGAAAGCAAUGUAAACACACAGGAUAUUUGAAAUUUGGUUAUGCAUUUGUUAUAUGGAAAUGUAUCAGUUGUUGAUUUUUGACCUUUCUCUGAAAUUAAAGAAACAUGUACAUAAUCUUAAAAAGUUUCAGCAAGUUCUUUGUUCUUUCUCUUU